AUGGACCUGGCUUUCCAGCCCGAGUCCGACAAUCUCUGCGACCCGUAUUCCUGGUGCCUGUCCAAAGAUAUCAGGAAUUCAUCAACACUCUCCAGUUUCAGGUUACGGACUACUGCGUCAGAGUUUGUGCUACAAGCAUUUUACAGGAUUCUGAGAGCCACCACUGGGAUGACUACAAAGCUUUUUAUGAGACUUGAUGUCACGACAAUUUUAAUAUGCACUGAGAACAUGUUAUGGUCAGUUUGUCCAUCUGUACAGAAGCUUUUGAAUCCUCAUGAGUAUAUAGAUGAUAAAAUUUUUAAAAUUCAUACCCAUUGUAAUAAUCUGUUCACAACAUUAGUCAUUUUGACGUCACCCUUAACUGAAUUGUAUCAGACUUUUCAGCAUGGCAUAGAUGAUUCUGCUUCAGAUUCCAUAAAACCAUUUUUUAAGCAACCGCUACAUUGGUUUUCUUGCAUAUCACAUUUCUACCCUUCUUUACUCAGGGCUCCAUCAUCUGGACGACUGACAGCCGAGGGUCAAUUGAAACUGCUCUUAUCCCAGCCAGGUUGUAAUUGGAACCUGCUUCUGGAAACCCUACUGCACGACGAUGGUCUUUUACUGAGAAUCUUGCUGAAGAGCUCAAAAUGUACCUUUCAAGAACAAGCUUCUGAUACAGACAAUAAUCUGAACCAAGGAUCCAGCUUGAUAGAAACCAUCUUUAAAGUAUUAUACCAUUGCAGUUUUUCUCCACAAACAUUUGGAAAUGUUUUUGUGAGCUACAUGGAAGAAGAACAAUUAUGGGACUCUCUAUAUAACAUCCCAGUCUCAACAUGCACAGAGUCCGAGCUAGAGGUCAUCCGAUGCUUGAGAUUGGCACUGACCGACGCUGUCAAGGACAUCGUACAGCAGAUAAUAUUUGUGAUGAGCUCUGGGAGAAGCUGUGAGACCAACCUCAACAAGCACAGCAUUCCUGAAUGCUUGCGUGAGAGCAUUCCAAAGGAAUGGAAUUAUAUUCCCAAAAAAACUAAAAGGAAAGAAUCAAGCAAAGGCUUCACAAGGCUUGCUGCUCAGGCAGUAUCUAUUGUAAUCAGCAAGUUACCUACGGUGAUUGCAUGUUUGCCUCCCCCAAUUAAAUACUUCUUUUUUCUGUCUGAGAGAAAAAUGUCAAAAAACUUUGUUGAAUUGAAGAAAGCUAGCCUCCUUGUCUGGAACUUGAUUGUAAUUAUAUGUCGGAUAUUUGAGGAUGGAAACACUGUGGAACUUUUAACAGGUGCCUCCCUUGACAGAUGGAGUAAAGAGAAACUUGGUUUAAUCUGUGUGUGUUUGGAAAGCAUCAUGGGAAAGCAGACAAGUGGCCCUAAUCAAAUGACCCAGAAGGUCAUACAGAGCAUUGAGCAGGAAAAACCCAACUGGAUUGAGAGCCAGUUGUUGAAAGCAAGGAAUUUGAGCACCAAAUGUGCAUUUAUGACAAUAGAGAAAAGCACAGCCUUAGAAGAAGGAGAUAGUGCUCUUGAACUGACUGAGCAGAAAAUAAACAUGAUGGUCCUGGAUAUCUGCCACAAACCAGGUGGCGGCGAGUACCUGCGGCAAAUUUAUCACAUCAUGCGGCUCAAUGAGGAAUAUUUAAAAGAACAGCUGUUUUCUAUGAAUGGUUCAGAGGAAAAGCCAUUACCCAUCAGACCUUUAAAGACGACCUUGAGGAGUGUGGAAGAUCAGCCUUCUGCCUUUAACCCUUUCCAGGUGUACAAGGCGUUUAGUGAAAACAUGCUAGAUCAGUCAGCCAUCACAAAAUGGAACUGGAAUUGGUCAAACUUGCUGCCAGAUUAUCUGGGACUGGAUAAGAUGACCUUCAGCGUACUGCUCAAAAACAGAUGGGAAAUGAGGAAGGAUGAGAGAUUGGAAGAGGAAGAAAAAGCGAUGCUGGAACAUUUAAAACAAUUUUGCACCAUCCAGAACUCUUCUGCCACAGAUAACACAGAGGAACCGUAA